AUGUCACAGCUGAACUCACACCUUGAUAACAUACCCUCCACUCCCGGAAAGUUCAAGCUUGAAAAAUCCCAGCCCUACAUUCACCGCCUCAGGUUUCACACCUCGCUCUCCAAGCUCACUCUUUGGUCCUCGUUCUUUCUCGUUUUUAUUCUCUUCUACUACGUCCUCUCGUCGCCUUCGCCUUCUCUGCCUUCUCGCCGAUCCCUAAACGACUCUUGGGGCGGCCCGAGUUGGGAAAAACGGGUCACCCGCUCGGCCCAGAGGCGAUCGAGCCAUGGACUCACCGUCCUUGUUACCGGCGCUGCAGGCUUUGUCGGGACCCACGUUUCGAUCGCUCUGAAGAGCCGAGGCGACGGGGUUUUGGGUCUUGAUAACUUCAACCACUACUACGAGCCUCGGCUCAAGCGCGACCGCCAGAAGCUUCUAGAACGCAAUGGAGUAUUUGUCGUUGAAGGGGAUAUCAACGACUCCUCGUUGCUCAAGAAGCUCUUCGAUGUUGUGGCUUUUAGUCACAUAAUGCACCUUGCUGCACAAGCCGGGGUUCGAUACGCAAUGCAGAAUCCAGGGUCUUAUGUUCACAGCAACAUUGCUGGGUUUGUGAACAUUUUGGAAGUCUGUAAAUCAGUGAAUCCACAACCGGCGAUUGUCUGGGCUUCUUCUAGUUCGGUUUAUGGGCUCAAUUCCAAGGUACCCUUUUCGGAGAAGGAUCGAACUGACCAGCCAGCCAGUCUCUAUGCGGCUACAAAGAAGGCUGGAGAGGAGAUUGCACAUACUUAUAACCAUAUUUAUGGGCUUUCGAUUACUGGGUUGCGGUUUUUCACAGUUUAUGGACCUUGGGGAAGACCUGACAUGGCUUACUUCUUUUUCACUAAGGAUAUUUUGAAAGGGAAGCCAAUUACCAUCUUUGAAGCGCCUGAUCGUGGUUCUGUGGCCAGAGAUUUUACCUACAUUGACGAUGUUGUAAAGGGCUGCGUGGCGGCAUUGGACACAGCGAAGAAGAGUACAGGGAGUGGUGGGAAGAAGAAGGGUCCGGCUCAAUUGAGGAUAUUCAAUUUGGGGAACACGUCGCCGGUGCCAGUGAGUGAGCUGGUGAACAUUUUAGAGAAGCUUUUGAAGGUCAAGGCUAAGAGGAAGGUAUUGCCAAUGCCGCGAAAUGGGGAUGUCAAGUUUACACAUGCCAAUAUAAGCUUAGCACACAAGGAGCUCAGGUACAAACCAGGGACUGAUUUGGAGACAGGGCUGAAGAAGUUUGUGCGGUGGUACCUGAGUUAUUAUCCCGGGUCUGGAAAGAAAAGUUCCUGGUGA